AUGGCCGACUUCACCUCGAAGCGGGUCAAUACCAGCUUUCAGGGCUUGGUAACCACCUGUGUCAUCUUUGCUGUCGUUGCAAGUCUAUCCGUCGUCACCUACGAGUCGCUCCGUCAAGUCAGGCGUCUUCCCCGCACUCGGAUCUCCAAGUUCUGGCGUAAGCAUGGCGAGAAACGUGAUGCUCCCGGCGGCGUCGUCGACGACAAUCCCGCACAUACUCGGCGCAAAGAUACCUGCGAAGACUGGGAGAUGGGUCACUUUUACCUCUCGCGCAUCUUUCAUGCAUCCACACCAUCUCCACCAUUACCUAGAUGGCCAUUCGCUUGGGUCGCACAGGCCAUCUCCUUCACCGACGAAUGGUAUGCAGAUCAUACUGGUAUGGACACCGUCGUCUAUGUGCGCUUCCUCCGCGCAUGUCUCUACUGGGUCCUCCUUCAGUCCCUCACCACCGCUCCCAUCCUCCUCGCCAUCCACAUCACCUUCAGCCGUGGAGUCGAAGCUACCGACAUGUCAAGAGCUUCACUCUCUUAUCUCGUCAGCACACCUGCGCCUGGUUGCGACAACCAGAACCUCGAAAAGUGUGAACCCAUCGCCAACGAGCAAGGCCGCUCCCUCCUCUGGAUUCACUUGUCCUUGCUAUGGUACCUCACCAUCACAUGGAUCUUAGCCCUUUGGUGGAUCGGCAGAGGCUCUCUUCGUCUUCGCAGAGCUCAGAUCGACAAGACUCGCACAAAAGUCAUCAAGCACAAGCAGGAGCAAGCACGCCACGCUGCCAACAACGCCACAUCUCAAUCCGAUCCCGAUCCCGCCCCCGCCGCACCGCCCCUCCACCGCGACCCACAGCAGGCUCUAUCGACUGUACAAGGCAUUGCAGCAUCCGACAACAGCGACGGCUGGCGUCAAAGGACACUCAUGGUCAUGAAUUUGCCCGGCACCAUGCGCGACGAAGCCAGCAUUCGUCGCUAUUUUGAAGAGUUCCUGCGCCCGGACGAGGAUGAUGAUGACGCCUCCUCUCAAGCAAGUCACGACAACAACGGUGCAGCCUAUCGCUACCCUCCAUCACCACGCUCUCCUCGCGACACACGUCAUCUCGAUGCACAACACACAUCAGCCUCGGACUCGGAUCGACAUUCCUCGUCACUAGAACAUCCUUCCGCCCCACCCGCUCGCUUCUCAUCCCACAGCGAUGGCCCAGAUGGCCCACAACCCGACCUUCACCCUGAUCGUUACCUCAAAAGUCCCAUCCAGACAGUCGUUCUCGUCCGCAAGAUGAACCAACUCGCUUCCAUGCUCGCUCGUCGACAACAAGUGCUCACCCAGCUCGAGGCUGCUCACGUCAAGUUGGCGCAACAAGUCCUCGUCACUGUCGGACGUCGCACCCUGAAGAUGCGCAAAAAGCAGCCUCAAGCACAACGCUCCUCCUCCACCUUCAAGCACCUUGCAUCCUCGCUUCGUCGUCACUUUGGCAAGAGCAAGUCGUCCAAACACGCACAAGCUGCUAGUCACUCCACUUCCGGCGACUCGACACCCUCCGAGACUCUCCAUCCCGAUAUCGAGAAGCUUGGUCCAGCACAGAACAACACUGCAGGCAAAGCGCUCGAGGAAGAGCUCGCGCGACGACUUGCUUCCUUCUCUCCUACCAACGCAGGCGUUCAUCACAAGCAAUCACAGCCAAUCUCAACUAUCGACAGCAAAGACCAACAGGAAAUGCCAGAGACCGUCUGGGAGGCUCUCAACCAGCUACCGCGACAGUUGCUUGACCCAUUCCAGCCAGCAAUCAGGCUUUCAGCCCUCUUCCGCGGCCAGACGGUGCCCACCAUCGACUAUCUCCUCACCAAGCUCAAUUUGCUCACUGCUUUGGUCACCGAGAUGCGUUCCAGACCGCCUACCAGCUAUGAGCCAACCUCGACGGCCUUUGUCACCUUCCGCGAUCCUCGACAGGCGCGUAUGGUCUGGCGUGAACUCAAAGACCAGAUCGUCGUCAAGGUUCGUCUGGCUCCCGAAGUCAAAGAUCUCGAUUGGGAUCGUCUCAUGAAGACUUCCUUCACCGGCGACGUCGUCCGUGGCUUUGGCGUCAGCGUUGUCACUUGGGCUUUCACCAUCUUCUGGGUCAUCAUCAUCAACUUUAUCGUCCUCUCCGUCUUCAGUGUCGACAAGCUGAAAGCCAUCCCCGGUCUAGGUAGCUUCUUCGAUGAUAACCCCAAGCUCACAGGAUUCGUCACCGUCACUUUGCCACCUUUGCUCGUCUCGCUGGCUUCCAUGUCCAUUCCCGAGCUCAUCUUCCAGGUCAGCAAGCGUGCACAGGGUUUCGUCACCUUUAGCGCUCUCUACGACAUGUGUCUUGCUCGCUACUGGAAGUUUGUCAUCUGCAACGUCGUCCUCUUCUUCAGUGUUGGUGCUACCGUCAUCGUCACUGUACUCACCAAGGUCGGCAACUCGGGCAGCAUCCUUAACACCAUCGCCUUUGCUUUCCCAAGUGCUGCUCCUUUCUUCGUAUCUUACUUGAUCCUUCAGUUGGCCUUGCAAUCUGGUUUCGAGCACAUGGGUUUCAUGAUUGCACUGCUCCAGCACUGGGGGGCGAGCAAGGCAGCAACUCCAAGAACACGAGCCAUCAAGACGCUGCCACGCAACUUCAACAGAUACUACUGGUUGCCACUCCACCUCAACAUCAUGGCCAUCGUCUUUAUCUUUGCGCUCUUGAAUCCGCUCGUCAUUCCAUUUGCCCUUGUCUACCUCUCGCUCGCUCUAGUCGUCUUCAAGAAGAAUUUUGCUUAUCACUACUACCGGCGCUUCAACGAGAUGCAAGGUGUCAUCUACUACACCCGACUCCUACGAUACAGCCUGGACGCCAUAGUGGUGAUGCAAGCAGUCUUGCUCAUCUUCUUCUCAGUCAUCCGUCGCGGUUCGGUAUACAUCGGUAUGAGCGCGGUACUCAUCCCGCUCACCGUCAUCGCCAAGCUUAUAGCUACCCGAUUGUGGAAGUCGCAGUGUCGCGCUCUCGACGAUCAAGAGGCCGAGGCUCUGUGUGGUAUCGACUCGCGUCCGCUCUGGGAAAAGAUGCAGAGGCAUGAUCUCGGUCCCAGCACUGCAGAAGAAGGAAGCGACUCCCGCGGUCCACUUGAUGCACUCGCUUCGGGACGAUAUCCAUCUGUCGUUCCACCACCGCAGACCAACUCUGCCUUCCAGCGCGUUUGGCAGCGAUUGCACGACUCCUUCAACGCCAACGGUCUCGACAAACCAAGUUAUCUCGCCACCGCCCACGCCAAGGGCAAGGCGCCCACCAGUGCAGUUGGCCUUGGCGCCAAGACCAUCGCUCAAACUCCACGCUACAUUGUCAAAGAGACUGUCAAACACGCCUUCCACUAUCGACACGCUGCUAAAGCGGGCAUCAACAAUCUUGAUGACUCUCCGCGUCAGAGUAGGGAUCGCCGCUCGGCAGAACGCAGGCAUAUCUCUGGCUUGCCUCCGACCAGUCAAGUUCACAUUUACUCUCACCGCAACUCGCACGAAGCUGCUCAGGCUCAGGCUCAGGCUCAGGCUCAGGCUCAGACCCAGGCACAAGCCGAACAUGCGGACGGCCAGGUCCCGAACGACCCGAACGACCCGAACGACCCGAACGCCGGUCUCAACAGGAACAAGUCGGCGAUGCGCAAAGGUAAAGGAGAGCAUGUCGUCCACCGCCGUCGAGGCAGUUCCAGAAGCGAAGGUCGCCCCUUCUUGUCCGCAUUCGACGCUGUUGCUGCGCACGCACCUCUACCUAGCGAGGAUGACUACGAUCUCAGCUUCGAGGAUGGUGAUGCUCCUUUCCUGGAGCACGACGAAGAAGGCCAUCUGCUGCGUCAACACAGCCGACGAUCGAGGAGGCGAUCUAGCCGUCACUAUGGCACUCUGCGAAGAAAGCCAAGCCAGCUGGCCACCGUCACCGAUGAAGAAGGGAUGCAGCAGGAUUCUGGCGACUACCAGAUGCGCGUUGCGGACGAAGGCACAUCGAGUACCGAUCCACUCUAUCAGCAAAGCUCUCCAUCUGCAAAGCAGCAAGAGACGCAAGCUGGAGCUGCUCGACGUUGGCACCCCGCUGACUGGGACAAGUCGGACAAGCAUUGGUACCACGAGUACGAGCAUGAUGACUCGCUCAAAGCUCGCCAGCUCGUUCGUCCUCAUCCUCCCGUUCGUUGGGAUGAUACGCCCAACAACUCUGCUCGCUACAACAAUCCCUUCUAUAACCAAGAGAUGGAUGAUUUCCUCUGGCUUCCACGUGACCCUUUGGCGCCCUUGGACCUUUUCGAUACGAUCGAGUGGUACGGAUCUGCGCUCGUCAGCUCACAGGGCGGAGGAGGAGUUCUAGGCGAAUGGGACGAGGAUCAAGAUGACGAGGAUCAAGGUGACGAGGAGUACGAUGACGAAGAUGCUAGCAACUACGAGAAACACGGCUUGCACGAUGACAUUCCCCUAGGCGGAGAAGCAGCCAACCUUGGCAGACGAGACGAUAUGAUCUUGGACGGUAACGAGGAGAUUGUACUGCCUGACCAUCUCGCUCGUCACCUGGAAGAGACGCAAGCGGUCGAGCAAGUUGCCGAUCCAGCCGCAAGCGUGCCCAAGAACGUGAUGAAGGAAUACGAGCGAGCACUUUGUCGUACCGAGCGAGCCGGGUCUGAGGCAGGCGCAUCCUUGCAUUCUCCUUCGAGCUUAUUGAGGAGAUCGAGCAGCUUGUCUUGUCCCUCAGGGCAAGGAUACGCUGGGCCAUCACUGCUGCAACUGCCUUGGCAUGGAUCUUGGCGCAGUGGAGAUGCAAGUCUCGCACCACUUAGUCCGACGUCGAUGCGGACCUCGCAUCGUCCGGGGACAGGUGACUCGGAGCCUCUUGCGAGUGUUGCAGAAGGUAGCAUUGUCGUUCCACGGCGAAGCUCGAGUGGUCGCAGAGGCAACAAGAAUCAAGCCGACGGCGACGAGGAGGAGGCUCAAGAUGCGGAUGCGACGCUCACUGCUGGUGAUCCCACGUCACUUGUCACUCCUAGGAAGGCAAGGGAGGCAUGGGCAACUCUGGAGCGUAACGCUUCACGCAGGACACAGCGACGCGAUGCUUGCGGUGCAAUGAGCCGCGCUAGUGGCUUGUCCGGCAACACUGCACCGAAGACGGUCACUCUCAAGGCAGCUCUCCGUGCAGAAGCACUGGAGGAAGAACGAUGUUUCUCGCUCAAAGAGAAACUUGCAGCCAGCAAGCGAGGUAAGAAGGGAAACAUGUCAGGCGAUGCAUCUGGCCAUCUUGAAGGCUUGGAAGAAGCCAAGCCUGAUGAAGAAGACGACGAGCAAGACGGAGGCACAAGAGGCGCUCAUGGCCUGCAGAGCAGCAUCAUGGGUCGAUACGAAGCAGAGCAUCGACGACGCGCAACACAGACGAGCGAAUUCGGACGCUUGGCUCCCCAGCGAGAUGGAGGGAUGCGAAGGGAUCUUUCUCAAGGAUCGCAGCUCGAACAUGGUCAGUCUGGCUUGGAGAGGAGUGCGAGUGGUGCAUUUGGUGGAACAAGGUUUAGAUCGGCUGCGCUCGGAGUCUUGAGUCGGACGCGAGGAGCCAGAGCGGCAGCUGGAUCCGAGGGAGGAGGAGGACAUGACCAGCAAGCCGGGUUGUCGGUGCCUAUGCAGCAACUUGGCCGUCGGCCACGGACUAGCGAUGAGGUGCCGGCAGCCGCACCACCGCAGCAAGAGACACGAUGA